GGAUCAAUUUUCAGUGAAGUUCAGUUGUCAAAUAAUCGUUGCAUAUGUUGGAUGUGUAGCGCUCCUCAGAAAAUCGUGUUAUUUAUCGAAUUUGUAUACACAUUUAGUAUUGAAGAAAAUGGCUGUGGAACUAGAAUAUGAUUAUGAAACGGCAAUAGCUGCCAUGGAUAAAUUUUGCCAAGAAGAUUUUAAUUCCUUGAAAGAGUGGACGAAAAAAUUAGACAAGUCAAAAUAUGUUCCUAAAGACCUUACGGAUAAACAGUUGUUGUUAUUUUAUAACGCUUGCUAUGGAGAUAUAGAGAGGAGUAAAACGUGUAUAGAAAGAUAUUACAAUCUAAGAAAAAAUACUCCAGAAAUCUUCGACAAUAGAUGUUUAAGUUCGGAUGAGCUGCAACCUUCUGUAGAAGCCCUAGAGUUCAGCGUACUGCCAGAGAAAUCUCACGAUGGUUACGACUUGAUCUACCACCGACUCCACUACACCGAACCCUCUAAAUAUCACUUCGAGCCUGGCUGCAAGCUGCUCUUCAUGACCGUCGAUUCUUGUCUACACAAGAGAGGUCCACAGCCAGGUUACAUUUUUCUCUUCGACAUGCAAGGAGUUAAACUCGGCCACCUCACCAGAGUUAGUCUCUCGUCUCUACGUAAAUUCUUCCAAUACGUACAGGAAGCGAUGCCGGUGAGAAUGAGGGCGAUACACGUCUUCAACACGGAACCAAUCCUGGACAAGCUGCUCUUACUCAUCAGACCUUUCAUGGAUAAAAAGUUCUUUGAUAUGAUAAAGUUCCAUCACAAGAACGAAGACUUGGAGAAUUUCUAUCAGACUGUUAUACCGCGUUCGGCGCUGCCGCCGCUCCACGGUGGUACACUUCCAGAUACACAAACCCUUCAUAAAAAAUGUAUGCAGACGUUGAAAGCUCUAGAGCCGUACUUCAAAGCUGAAGAGGAACAGAGAAUCAAUGCUCUGCCAGACAAAAAACGUGAUAAGGCCUUGGAGAGGUCAUUCAAACAUCUCGACAUAGAUUAAAAUAUGUUGCACAAAAUAUUACCCAAGUCAAAAUGACAGGAAGUUUGUACGUCGCAUAUACUUCAAGCAUAAAAAUAUAUAAUAAAAAAAGCUUAAAUGCUAUAUGAAAAUAUAAUACUUAAAUUGAUUAUUAAUAUAUAAAUAUAUUUUAUAUACAAUUUAAUGCACAUAAUAACUACAAGGCACUGCUUUUUUAGUUCUGUCAAAUGUCAAUUGUAAUUAUAAGUAUUUUCUCAUAUGUAAACACAUACUUACUUAAUAAUAGUGGCAAGCUGGACCGGAAGAGGUUUGUAGGGCACAGGCUAUGCUUAUACAUAAAAUAAAAAAUAUAUAGGGAUAAUAUCAAAUAUAUAGGAAAAUUAACUUCAUAUAUGUACAAUUAUAUACCUAUUAGAUACAUAGAUGCUUUCGUCUAUUUGUUGGAGAUGAAUAUUAUACUUUCUAUUGUAUAAGUAAAUAAUAUUUUCUAUAUAUAAAUGACAUAAUAUUUUUCAACAUACAUAACAGUCGCUGAAUCUGUUUACAAUAAUGACAAUUAAUUUAAGCAAUAAAAUAUGACCAAGGACAGUCUGUGAUUAGAGCCGUUCGAGGUAUAGCUAUAGCAAUAGAGAGGAAAAAAAUGUGUUCGAUAUUCAAAACUAUUUUUGUUUUUUUUUUUUUUUGUAAAUAUGUUAGUGAUAUAUUUUAUCGUUUAUAAAUUUCAGUUUCAGAAUGUUUAAAAAAAAUAAUAAUUUCUGACUCGAAAAUGUUACCAACACUUGCUUUUACCUAUUCUGUUUUUUUACAUUUUAAUUUUAAUGAGACUUGAGCUGAUUUGAGAAUGUUGCAAUGGAUGCUGGUUACGGAGUAGAUAUAACUACACGAUGACUUACAAAAGUAAAGUCUAUCUCGACCUGUACUUGUAAAAAAUUAAAUCUAUUUACUUAUUAGACAUACGUAUGUAUGUGAGUUUUUAUAAUAAAAACACUCGGUGUAUUGAAGCACGUCAAUGAUGGUGGUGGAGUUUAUUUUAAAUAAAGACAAUUUAAAUAUUGUGAUGUUAUGUUUGUGAUAUUUAGUUUAUGUUCUGGGAACCAUGCAAAAUUUUAGUAUAAUGUUGAAAAAUGUAAAUAAAUAGCUAUUUAAUAUCUA